AUGUCUUCCUCUUCCCAGCCCGAGAGCGAGAAGACUGCCCGGAGUGCAUCUCCUAAAAAGGGAGAUUCCGAGUCUCGAGAUGCUUCUUCGAAGUUAAAGCCUGCUCUUGUCCCUCAAAUCAAAUCACUUUCAGGUUUGACGAUUUACAUACGCUUAAAAUGGCGCCCUGCGAUCCGUGAACGCUACUUGCUUCAUGCUCAUCAUUCAUCUCGGUCUAACGGCGAGCUUAAUGACAUGAUUGAGCAUUAUGAGGGGUUGGUCAUUGGUCGGGAGAAGGAGAUUGACGCGUGGAAGAAAAAACUUUCUGCUCUUGAAGCUGAACUCCGUUCUUCCACUGGCUCCAAGCAUGAUCUGGAGGACAAGGUCGAUAGUUUAACAUCCGAGCUUGCGAAGAUAAAGGGGGAGCUGCAGGACCAGUAUGACCGGAAUUACAAACUCCAGGAUGAACUUUCUGGUGUUCAGGGUAGACUUCAUGAAUCCGAAUCAACCGCCGAUACCUUGAACAACCAACUUAUUGAGCUUAACGCGAAGUCGGCAUCAAAGGCCAGAAAAGAGGUUAAGGGACGCGGGAUGAAGUUGAUCCAAGGAGCCAUCCGCUUCAUUCAAACCGAGAAAGCUAGGUCAGGUUUGGAAUCAGACAUCAAGGAGCACGAGAGCAACCUGAUUCUGUUGGAUCAAAUCCAUGAAACAGAUUUCUCCGAGGUGCAAGAGAGGACCGAACUGUCGGCUAAUCUAUCUGAAAAGCGGAGUCGCUUGGCAGCUCUUCCCACUUCGACCUUCAACCCGCAGGACUUCGAGGAAUUCUUCACUGAAUCGCCUCCUAUAAGUGAAUCGGGUCUAGACUUGGCAGGUAACGCCUGGCUCCUGACACUUACUACCUUUUUCUCACUUUAUGUUUAA